CGCAAGAUACAAGGGUGGAUUUAAUCUGUGUCACAAACUUACGCUUUUCUUACAAUUUAAGGCUGUUGUGACAGCCAUAGAGAGCUGCAAAUAAGUACAGGCUAUUGUUAGCAAAGCGUGGAGUUUAGCUAAUGGCAAUGACAGUGGAGAAGGGCUUACGGCCCACCUCCCCUGUUCACGUCCAUGUGGAGGAUGACACACCUGUCCACGUCCACCUGAAGAAAUCCAAGAAAACGGCUUCAGCUAAAACAGUUGAUUCUCGGUUUGCGGUAGCAAAGUCGGACAAUAUAAGGAAGGCUCGGCCAGCCCAUAGCACUCUGAAGACAAAGCCCAAGUCACGCAGCCGCAGCCCUGGGGGUGGACCGUGGGUGCCUCCCCCGGGGAAAACCACCAAGGGCACCAAGGUGUCCUGGAAUGCUGGGUCUCACCGCCUUGAGAUCAGCUCCCCGGGGAAGGAAGGACUCCGUAUGAGCGAUCUCUCCACGGAUGAGGAAGAUAAUGUCCACGGACAGAUGAAAAGCUACGAGAAAAAGAUUGAAAACCUUAUGAAUGAAGUGGGCACCUUGAAAAACGAGGCACAACUGAAGAAGUCUCGCGAGGAGCUGGAGAGGAAGGAGAAGCUUUUGGAGACAUCGCGCCGUGUGCUGGAGGAACAGGAGACGGAGCUUCGAGACUACCAGGAGGAGUUGGAUGUGACAGAGCGCGAGAACCGGAUCCUCAGGAGGAGCAUGGACAAGCUCCAGGAGGAGGUCGACCUCAAUAGAUCUGAGCGUGACAUCUUGAGUGAUGAGAGAGAGCGGCUUAUGAAGAAACUGAUUGAGGUGGAAAUGGACGGACAGGCUGCUGCCAGGCAGGUGGCAGAACUCAGGGAAUUCCUCAGGAAGAAAGAGGACACUGCCACGGCUACCAUAUUGACCAGCACUCGUCUGAACAAGGAGAGAGAAUUGUUGCUAGAGAAGCUGACAGAUUUCGAGACAACAAAUCGCACACUGCGGCGACUCUUGCGAGACCAGCAUCGGCAGGAGUCUGCAGCCGUGCGCCUCAGUGAACAGAGAGAUGUACUGAUGAGGAAACUCACAGAUUCUGAUCAAACUAUUGAGCGCCUUCGCUCAGAACUUAUCAGUAAAGACAGACUGUGCAACGAUCUAAGGGCACAGGUUGCCGCCCAGAAGGAGGAGAAUAUGGCUUUGUCCAGCUUACAGAGCUCUCUGGAGACCACAAGGGCACACCUACAGAAGCAGCUGAGGACAAAAGAGGGCGACUGUAACCGUAUGGCCGUCCAGAUUAGGAGCCUGGAGAGUGAUCUGGCCCAGUCUCGAAUCGAGUGUGAGCAUCUGACAGAACUGCUAGCCACAGCCCGGGAUAAGGGUGACCGCGACAAGGAGGCCCUCAAAAAAGCUACCAGGGCACAAAAACAGCGAGCGUCGCGCACAGAAGACGCCUUGGAGCAGAUCAAGGUGCAGCUGUUGGAGCGCGAGAAUCAGCUAGCUGACCUGGAAGCGUCAACGGCGCAGAUCCGGGCGCGGUGUGAGAAACACAACAAGGAGAAGACACAGUUGCUCAGUGAGAACACCAAACUCCAGCUGAGAAUAACAGAAGUGGAGCGUAUGUUGGACAGAGUUGAGGAGAGCAGUAAGUCACAAACGGAAGACUUGUCAGUUCAGCUUCAGGACAAAACCAGCGAGCUCACGGGCCUCAGACUGGACAAUGAAAGACUUAGGUCUACAGUCUCCAGCCUGGAGAGUAAAGUUAACCAGAGUGAGGAGGAGAUAGAUCAGCUAAGGGCAAACCUCAGACAGUAUGAGAAUUUGGUAGAGGAGUACAGGAGUCAGACAGUACAUUUCCUUGAUCAGAGUAAGAAUUUACAGUCACUGAGGAUGAAUCGUUCUCGUCGUGAAGCUGAUGACACCAUGUGUAGGCUGGAGGAGACGCAGAAAGAGAACGAUAGGAUCCAGAGGGACGGUGAAGUCGAACUGGAAAGGGUAAAGUUACGUCUUCAGCAGAGACUGCAGGAGUUAGAUCCCUUGCCCGAGAUGCUUAAGUCCACAGAGAUCAAGUUACACGAGUCUUCAGAGAGAAUGGUCCUGUACGAGAGAAAGAAUGCUGAAAAUACCAAACUGAUUGCGGAGCUGACAGCAAAGGUGGAGGUUCAGGGAGAUCAGCUAGAGCAGCUACGAGACAAACUUCACACUGCUCAGGAAGAGCAGAGGACUGCUUCCAGUAAACUGGAGACUGUGGAGAGGAAGCUGCGCGAAUCUGAAGACCAGGUGAGAGAGCUGCUGAUGACCAUAGCUAAGCGAGAAGAGACCAUCCAUCAGAAUACGUUGCGUCUGGAGGAGAAGACCCGUGAAGUUUCUAGCUUGACAAGACAACUGGAGAACUCUCUGGGAGAUGCUCGACGACAGGAGGCCCAGAAUCGAGACCGUCUUUCCACAAAGGAGCGGACUCUGCAGAGUCGGAUCAUGGACCUGGAGUCACAACUGAGUCAGACGCGUGCCGAAAUCGCGAGGAUCAAGCGAGAGAAAGAGGAGAACGAGCGUAAGUUCAACUCACGACUCUAUGACCUGAAAGACCGUCUGGAGCAGUCACACAGCACCAAUAGGAGCAUGCAGAAUUACGUACAGUUCCUGAAAAACUCCUACGCCAACGUCUUUGGGGAGACAACUCUGGGCACCAGCUCGCCGCUAAGGUCAGGUUAUCCAUGACGAUUUGCCAGGAGGACAAUCAGAGGCUGACAGACGGAUUGAUACAGACAGUAACAAACCAGGGAUUACCAUUUAAAGGCAGCAUCUGAAAAUGUCAUCUCAAAUGACCAAGGCUUUUUUACAAAAGAACAUCUCUUGCCAGUCUGAAUUUUCGUAGUUUAUUGUUGUUGCUCUGUCUUAGGGGCCAUGGGUCAGUUCUUCAAAGCCAUUUCUGACUUCAGUCAAAAUUUGAAAUGUGAUAUUAAAGCUCAUUUUUCAGUUUCCGAAAUUAAAAUUUUGUCCCUGUCAUCAAUAUCAUUUUGGGACAAAUGUGUCCAAAUUUCAGCUUCCACUACCAAAAAUUAAGCAUUGUGACGAAGAUUUAAAUUUUGACAUAAGUCAGAAAUGACACUGGGCUGUGUUUCAUGAAGCAUACUUAGUGCUAAGUAACCCUUAGUUAAGUGUGUUUCAUAUCGUCUGUUGUCAUAGUAGUUAAGGGCUUUAAUACUUAGCUUCAUGUGUGCUUCAUGAAACCUUGAGAUACAACCAUUAACUGGUCAUAGGCUUCAGUUGAUUGUAAUUACACCAUGGGUACAUAGACCCUUUAACAUGCGCUGCUAUGAUAUUUACAAUCAGCUUAGGCGAUGACUGCUUUCAGAAUCCUGUUCAGAUUUAUCCCUACUACAGGUCUCAGCCACAAAAUAUUUCACCUGACAUUUCAGACUGACAAACUCUUGUGAAAUUGACCCCACACUGUUGUAAAAAUUAUUUUUUUUUUUAAUUAAAAUCGUUGUGGACUAAAUAUCUUAGAGUAUAAUUGAUGGCCAUCCAUACGUUCAUCAGGCACUUUGUCUUUAAUUAUCAACGAUUUUGAAAUUAUACAUCAGAUUUUGUCCCGCUUAUUAUUUUAAUGUCUAUGGGUUGAUGUAUUUUGACAUGUCAGGGUUACAGUAUUGCAUCUCGCCCUGCUCUGACAUGCCACAUGUAUGGGCCAUGAGAAGUACUUCCAUUGAUAUUCAACUCUUCCAACAGGUUUUUGUGAAAAGAAAAAUUUUGCUGUAAAGGGUGCUGCACAACCUUAGAAACAUCAAAACCUUUGCCUUUUGACUUAAUAUCUUUUCUGAGAAAAAAGACAAAUUUCGUCAUUUUAGUUUAAACGUUUUAGGAUUUUUUUUUUUGUUUUACUUUGUGUGAGUUUUAAAUACCAGAAAGGGCUCUGUGGUUAAGUGUGUGUAUUUUCACUAUUAUUUUGCUUUUAAACAUUAAUUUUUAACCUAUCAAACAAUUAGUUUAAUUUUAAACAUUGAUCCAGGUGCGUACAACACCUGGCAGUGUCUUCAGUGUUAAUAGUUAUUCCGUCCAUGUUACUGUACCUGGAUAUGAUGUAUGUUGUAAUUUAUGUGUUAUCAGGCAUUCUGUGAUAUUUAUAAAUAGCUAUAGAAAUCCACUUAUUUAUAUGUGUACUUACUUGUAGAUAGACUAGUAACUUGCCUCAGACUGGUACUUGUACAUUGGUUUGAGAACAAAGAAGAAUUUUUUAAAAAACCACUGAAUAUAUGACAUUAAAAAUUGUCAUCUGUGUGUAAGACUAUUUUAUGACUUUUGCACAUGAAUUAGUUUGUAUUUAAGUGGUUCUUAACAUUGGAAAUCUUGAACAAAUUGCAAAGAAAUCAGUUGUCAGCAUUGUUGAAAUUUAAGAGUAUUGUUAAUUAUUAAAGGCUCAAAAAAGCCGAGACAAAAAAUUCAUAUUUGAGCAUGUAAGUCAAUUCCAAUACCAAGUGACUGACUGAUUAUUAAAACAUCAGAAUGAAAUGGAGAUCUGCAGUUAUUCUUCUCUGUAGCCAUGACUUACCUGUAUUAAGUCUUUUCAUAUAGGCAUACCUGUAUUAAGUCUACUCAUAUAGGCAUACCUGUACUAAGUCUGUUCAUAUAGGCAUACCUGUAUCAAAUCUACUCAUAUAGGCAUACCUGUAUUAGGUCUACUCAUAUAGGCAUACCUAUAUUAAGUCUACUCAUAUAGGCAUACCUGUAUUAAGUCUAUUCAUAUAGGCAUACCUGUAUUAAGUCUAUUCAUAUAGGCAUACCUGUAUCAGCCGUACUAAAUAUAAGCAUAUUAAAGAAUACAUGAAAAGGAACCGUAAAGCAAAGCUAAGUUUCUAUGCCAAAUGAAGAAAAUUAUGCCUCAGAAUUUUCGCUAAAAAAGUUCAUUUUGGGGGUAUUAUACCUGUUAAUUACCUCUCCAUAUUAUGUAUAUUUUCCAUUAACCGUGGGAUUUUUUUGGAAAUUGCAUCAUUAUUGAUCUUGCUGGUAACUCAGCGAACACAUCGGAUGUGCCCUGAGCCCGGUGAACAAUGUUGCUACAGUGCGAGCAAGAUGUCAUGAUACUGUAUGGCUUUUUCGGGCCAGCUUAACGCCCCCUCCGUGCCCUUACACAAGCCCCCGUUCGAUCUGUUCCCCACACCUCCCGCCCUUUUGGCCAGACCCAUUCAGUCUGUUGCCCUCGAAGCUCUUUUUAAACAGGGAUCAUCGUAGACCUCACCGCUGCAAGCUACUUAAUUUCCAGACUGACGGCUGGGGCCUUAAAGAAACUGUUCUUUGAGGCCAUUUAUACCCCCCAAAGUGAAAGUUGAAAAAUUUGUUUGUUCUGUCAUGUUAUUACAGAUGAUAAUCUGCACAUCAAGAAAUAAAACCAAAUCGUUUCAGGUAUCUUUUAAGUGUCUAGAUAUAGGUAUAUUAGUACGAUGUGUUUGAUAUGUACGUGCAUCAGGUUUUGGUUCUUCAGGGUAUUCUCAAUGGGAGUGUUUUUCACAACAGUUGUUAACUGAAGCCAUUUUCCAGAGACAUUGCAUUUAUCACCAUACAGCAAGGAUUACAAACCGAUCACUCCACGAAAAACAGUAUUUGAUCAACGUUGAAUAGGUUGUAAAAACUCUGGUCAAAAUCUAAUUGAUCCAAUAUUCCUCAAAAUUCCAUGGUUGUUUAUUUGUCCUGCAUGGUGCAACAGGUAUAUGCCUUUGAAAUAUUACAUAGAAAGUGGCCAGGAUGUUUAGUUCAUACCUGUAUAUGAAAUUGUGGAAGGUCAACUUUUUUUGUUUGGUUGCCUGUAAAUAUAUAUAUAUAUAUUGUCACAG